GUGCCCUUCCCGAAUGGGCCGUGUCCAAAUUUCCCACAAAAGCAUAUAAAAAGCGAAGAAAAAAUCAAAGUCGUCUCAUCAUCUCUCAUGUGCCCCCCACAAGCAUUCAACCCUCUUCCCAUAAAAUCUCAUCUCCGUCAAUUCCUCUGAUUUCUCCUCAUAUAUAUUCACCAUUUCUUCAUCCUCAGGCACGCACUUCGAUUCCACCUCUCAAUCCCCAUACCGAUCCUUAUCCCUGCGCCGAUUUUCUGUUUCGGUUUGGAUGUGACAGGCGCACGCAGUUUCGCUUCAAAAUUCGGCGUCAUGUAUAUAACCAGCGGCACCUCGGCUCUCCUAAAGAGGGCUUCUCACUCCUCCUCCACCAGAAGAGCCUUCUCCUCUUCUCUCUCUAGGAAACCAGCCGCGCCUCCGCGUCCCUCCGCUGGUAGCCCGCAGUCGCCGGGGCAGCAGAAUCUCCGAUCUCUGAGCUAUUUGUCGUCGGCGGCGGCGAGGUGGAGCCACGGCGUUGGUUGGAACUCCCCCACCAGUGCCGCGUCGCAGAUCAGGAUCGCUGCUUUGGCGUCUGACAGCCUGCUGCAUCGCAAGAUCGCCACGAUGGCCUCUGAGAAUGCUUUCAAGGGAAUUUUCACUAGUCUGCCGAAGCCUGGUGGUGGUGAAUUUGGAAAGUUUUACAGUCUGCCUGCUUUAAAUGAUCCAAGGAUAGAUAAGCUGCCGUACUCUAUCAGAAUUCUUCUCGAAUCCGCGAUACGUAAUUGUGAUGGCUUCCAAGUAACUAAGGAAGAUGUUGAGAAGAUCAUUGACUGGGAAAAAACUUCUCCAAAGCUAGUUGAGAUUCCUUUCAAGCCUGCCCGUGUACUUCUGCAGGAUUUUACUGGUGUACCUGCUGUUGUCGACCUUGCUUGUAUGCGUGAUGCUAUGAACAGGCUUGGCAGUGAUUCUGACAAGAUCAAUCCAUUGGUUCCAGUAGAUCUAGUUAUUGAUCAUUCAGUUCAAGUUGAUGUUGCUAGAUCUGAAAAUGCCGUUCAAGCCAAUAUGGAGCUUGAGUUCCAAAGAAACAGGGAAAGAUUUGCUUUUCUGAAGUGGGGUUCUAAUGCUUUCCAAAACAUGCUUGUUGUUCCACCGGGGUCGGGUAUUGUGCACCAGGUCAAUCUUGAGUAUCUCGGACGCGUCGUCUUCAAUAAUGAUGGAUUACUUUACCCAGAUAGUGUUGUUGGGACCGACUCACAUACCACCAUGAUUGAUGGGCUUGGAGUUGCUGGAUGGGGAGUUGGAGGUAUUGAAGCAGAGGCAGCUAUGCUUGGACAGCCAAUGAGCAUGGUGUUGCCAGGAGUUGUUGGAUUCAAGUUGUCAGGGAAGUUACGGGAUGGUGUCACUGCUACUGACUUGGUUUUGACAGUGACACAAAUGCUAAGAAAACAUGGUGUUGUUGGAAAGUUUGUUGAAUUUCAUGGUGCUGGUGUGGGUGAAAUUUCGCUAGCUGACAGGGCUACUAUUGCAAACAUGUCUCCAGAGUAUGGUGCAACUAUGGGGUUCUUCCCUGUAGAUCGUGUUACCUUACAAUACUUGAAAUUAACUGGCAGAAGCGAUGAGACUGUGGAAAUGAUUGAAGCUUAUUUGCGUGCAAACAAUAUGUUCGUUGAUUACAGUGAGCCUCAACAAGAACGAGUGUACUCAUCCUACUUGCAACUGGACCUGUCAGAUGUUGAACCAUGUAUCUCAGGACCAAAAAGGCCUCAUGAUCGUGUAACAUUGAAAGAAAUGAAAGCUGACUGGCACUCUUGCCUUGAUAGCAAGGUUGGAUUCAAGGGAUUUGCUGUGCCCAAGGAAGCACAGGAAAAAGUGGUGCAAUUUUCAUUCCAAGGACAGCCUGCAGAACUUAGGCACGGCAGCGUUGUGAUUGCUGCAAUCACAAGUUGUACAAACACAUCAAACCCCAGUGUUAUGCUUGGGGCUGGUCUCGUAGCAAAAAAGGCGUACGAUCUGGGUCUACAGGUAAAACCAUGGGUCAAAACAAGCCUUGCUCCAGGCUCUGGAGUGGUGAAAAAAUAUCUAGAUAAGAGUGGGCUGCAGGAAUACUUGAAUCAUCAAGGCUUCAAUAUUGUCGGAUAUGGUUGUACAACUUGCAUCGGCAACUCUGGUGACUUGGAUGAAUCAGUUGGUGCUGCUAUAACAGAAAAUGAUAUUGUUGCAGCUGCAGUACUUUCUGGAAAUCGUAAUUUUGAAGGUCGUGUCCAUCCCUUGACGAGAGCAAACUAUCUUGCCUCACCUCCUCUAGUUGUCGCAUAUGCCCUUGCUGGCACGGUUGAUAUUGAUUUCGAUAAAGAGCCAAUUGGUGUAGGCAAGAAUGGAAGAGAAGUAUACUUUAGGGAUAUCUGGCCAACAACUCAUGAAGUCGCUGAGGCGGUUCAAUCGAGUGUAUUGCCAGAAAUGUUCAGGAGCACGUACGAGGCCAUCACUAAGGGUAACCCCAUGUGGAAUCAGUUAAUCGUUCCCAAUGACAAGCUGUACUCAUGGGAUCCAACUUCGACUUACAUUCACGAGCCACCGUACUUCAAGAAUAUGACCAUGGAUCCUCCCGGCCCACACAGUGUAAAAGAUGCAUACUGCUUGCUGAACUUUGGUGACAGUAUCACAACAGAUCACAUCUCACCGGCUGGAAACAUCAACAAGGAUAGUCCCGCUGCCAAAUAUCUCAUUGAACGUGGAGUUGAACGCAAGGACUUCAAUUCCUAUGGCAGUCGACGUGGUAAUGAUGAAAUCAUGGCAAGAGGAACUUUUGCAAACAUCCGUCUCGUCAACAAGUUGUUGAAAGGGGAAGUUGGCCCGAAGACAGUCCACAUUCCAACCGGAGAGAAACUUUCCGUAUUUGAUGCUGCAAUGAAAUACAAGACUGCGGGGCAGGACACCAUUAUCUUGGCCGGAGCAGAGUAUGGUAGCGGAAGCUCCAGAGAUUGGGCCGCGAAGGGCCCUAUGUUGUUGGGUGUUAAAGCAGUGAUUGCCAAAUCCUUUGAGAGGAUCCAUCGCAGUAAUCUGGUAGGAAUGGGCAUUGUCCCUCUAUGCUUCAAGGCCGGUGAGGAUGCCGAGUCAUUAGGGUUGACGGGUCAGGAACGCUACACCAUCGACCUUCCCAGCAAAAUAUCCGAUAUCCGCCCUGGCCAAGACAUCAUUGUCCGCACGGACAAUGGAAAGCAGUUCACAUGCACUGUCCGUUUUGACACCGAGGUAAAAACUAAAAAACCACUCAUCAUCCGCUUGCUUAAUGGAUCAAAUUUCUGCGUCGUAUCCUGCUUAUACUUGUGUUUCAGGUCGAGCUCGAGUACUUCAACAAUGGCGGUAUUCUUCCGUACGUAAUUCGCCAGCUGAUAGUGCAGUAAGAGGCCAUUUUGAUGAGAGCCAUGAACCACAUUUCCUCGAAUCUAUACAAUGUUAGAAUAAAAAUUUCCAUUAUUUUGCAUCCUGUCAAAAGGUGAUGGAGAAUUCUAUUGCUUCCUUCAAGGUCAAGCAACUGCAAUGCCAUGCCAUGCCAUGCCAUGCCAUGCAAGAAGAGUAAUUUCCUUUUUUUGUAAUAAAAUUUCGGCCUUGGAUGGAAACAGGAGAAAUAUUAGAUUUUUAUUCGGCUUGUGCUUAUCGGUGCGCACUGGAUAAACUCAUUUGGCGCCGUGCGCCGGCGCCCGAUUAGUAGUACAAAUGGUGGAGAUGAAUUUCAAAGUUUUUUAGAAUGAUAUUUGCUCGAAAUGAAGCUUAUAAUUUCCAAUCUUAUGUUGAAA